AUGGAAUUCUACAUGCGACCACUGUCAGUCAGUGAUCUUGAUCAGUGCGUAACGGUAGAGACUGCAGCUUUUCCGCCUGCCGAAGCAGCGACCCGCGAAAAGAUUGAAUACCGACUGACAGUAUGCCCUCAAAUCUGCCUGGGCCUGUUUGCCCGUGAGAGCAGAAGCAACUCGGAGGGAGCCACCCACCAAGGAGCCAUACCAGCCUUCAAUCCACCCAACGCAACGAAGAAUGACAAGCUUAUCGCACACACGAUUUCCACCAAGUCGUUGUCUCCUGUUGUUCAAGACGAAGAUAUGUCCGUCCCACCUACAUGGAAGACAGAACCAACCGCUACAUACAACGUCGGGCACCAACCUAAAGGCAGAACUAUCACUCUACAUUCCCUAGCCGUUGCACCCCCUUUUCAGAAGUUAGGUCACGGCAAAACACUCAUGACGCAUUAUAUCGAGCAUAUGAGACAGACGGCACAAGCAGAGAGGAUUUCUAUUCUCACAUAUGACAGGCUUGUCUCGUACUAUCAAAAACUAGGAUUUAUACACUACGGCAAAAGUCGAUGCGAGUAUGCUGGUGUGGCGUGGCAUGAUUUGGCGUAUGAGUUCAAUACUAUUUGA